GGCUGCCGCACUGAUGACUGACUGCGGCAGAAGCAGGGAGACCCGUUCAGCUAAUUCUACAUUGUUGUUGGCCCUUGCAGGCAGGAGACAAUGAUGGCCUGAAUCAGGGGGUGGCAGUGGGAGUGGUAAGAAGGGGUCAGUUGGUCAGAAGGGACAGCUGACAGGAUUUCCUGAUGGAGUGGAGGCGAAAAAGAAGAGUUAUAGGUGGCAAUGCUUUGGGCAGGAACAGCUGGAGGCCAGUUGCCGUCAACUGUGCUGAGGGUGGCACAGAGGGGCAGAGCUUGGCACGAGCAGGCUGAGUUGGCACCGUCAGGCAUCCCAGAGCUGUGAGCAGGCGGCCGGACGGACCAGGCUGGGACUGAAGAGCCAGGCCAGGGCUGUGGGCAUCAGCAUGGGACUCACGUCAUGUCGUGUUGAAAGGCCACUUCAGAUCAUUGGUGAGUCACGCUGGCUCUCAGGUAGCCUCCCUGCUGGCUUCCAGCUUCGUCUCUUCCCAAAUUCUUCCACAUUCCCUACCCUCAGCUAGGCAAGGAGCUCAGAGCCUUGUUCCCAGGGGGAAGCCAGGUCCCCCUGCAGUGUCUCUGCCCGGCCUUCCCCCAGGCCUGGCCCACCAACUGGCUCAUACCUACCUGUGUGCCCUGGAGCCACCUGCCCUGCUCAUAGAAGCACAGCCCUUGGGGACUGCACAGGCCCUGUCACUUUAAGAAUGAAAUCAAUCACCCUGUGUUCACUGUCUGGGAGGCAGGGGGCAGACCUGAAAGAAGAAAAGGAAGUGGCUGCUUCCUGGCCUGCUGACAACAUGAAAACUUCCUGCAAUGAGAACAAGAGAGCAGGUGCCCUUCCUGCAGCCCCCUGAGGGAGUGAUGGUUGGGUACCGGCCCCUGGUCCUGCCCUGGGUGCUGCUGGCCCUCUGCCUCACUGCCGGGACCCCUGAGGUGUGGGUGCAAGUUCAGAUGGACGCCACCGAGCUCCCAUCCUUAACUGUCCGCUGUGGGUUCCUGGGGUCUGGCUCCAUCUCCUUGGUGACUGUGAGCUGGGGUGGGCCCGAUCGUGCCGGUAGGACCAGGCUGGCUGUGUUGCACCCAGAACUUGGCACCCAGCAGUGGGCCCCUGCCCGCCAGGCCCGCUGGGAAACCAGAAGCAGCGUCUCCCUCAGCCUGGAAGGGUUGGAGGCGAGAAGCCCCAGUGCCAACACUACCUUCUGCUGCAAGUUCGCUUCCUUCCCCGAGGGCGCCCAGGAGGCCUGUGGGGCCCUCCUGCCCAGCUCAGACCAAGGCCCAACUUCAGUCCCCAUUCUGCGGGCAGACCUGGCCGGGAUCUUGGGGGUCUCUGGGAUCCUCCUCUUUGGCUGCAUCUACCUCUUACACCUCCUGCGCCGGCAGAGGCACUGGCCUGUCACUAAGCUCCAGCCGCCCCUCACCAGUCCCCAGGCACAGCCCCCAGCACAGGCAGCCAGCCAGGCCUCCCUGGCCGCUCACCGAGUCCCCUACACCUCCAUCAACACCAGCCUCUGCCCAGCUGCUCUGGAUAUGGCCCACCCCCGCCAGCGACUGUCCUGGACGUACAGCAACCCACGCAGUGGCUGUUCUCACGACGUUCGCCUAACAGCAGCUCCGCCCAGCCCGGGGCGCAGAGCCCGGAGGAGAGGGGCUCCUAGGGAAGGGGGCGUCAGGCAGCGCCGCCAGCCUGGACGAGCGUGGCUGGCGGGCCCCUGACCAGUGGGGCGGGCGCCGGCGGCCGAGCGUCUCCACCAGGUGGCGCGGCUGACAGCGCAGCGGAGACCCAGACGGUGCCCGGAGGGCGAGGGUCGGCGGCGCCUGAGAGGAGGACGCCAGGCUGCGGCGGGGACGCGGACAGUUGUGACCUACCCGGGUCCACGACCCUUGACUCCGCAUCCCUGCCCUCCCCUUCCCACCGCGUCUGGCCGAGUAGCCGUUCCGGAUCCCAGGACCUGAGCCUGACCACCCUCGGCCCCGCUCGCACGCCCCGCUACCCACUGCCUGCCCCUUCCCCACCCAAUCCACCCCGAUAUCCCGAGAACCAGCCCCCACCAGGACCGUCUGCCCCAGCGGCCCCGGAGCCAUCCUCUCGUCCAGCCCUUGCUCUCUCCUUGACGCGGCUGUGGCUGCGGAGAUUGUCACCAGGCUGUUGGAGCCCCUCCCUCUGCACCCUGGUCCCACCCCUACCCCUCAGCUGCCACUGGCCCCCAGGCAGCCCUGAGCAGCCACCUUCCCCUGCCAGGAAGAGUCAUGCAAAGGGGGAGGGUGUAGGGGGAAAAGGGGCCAUCACCUCCCACCCAGUGUGUGACCUCCAAGAUGGCCAACAAACAGAGCAUCCUCAGGGCCUCAACCCAGCCCACUCGCAGGAAGGUGGCCGGGAUACCUCAACAAUGGAUGGCAGAGGCCAGGAAUUAUGGGGGAAAAAAGUGACUGAGGGGUGUGUGACGGGGCCAGCAGAAGUGGGGAGCCCUGGCCAGGCCUAGGUGGCAUCUGAACCCGGCCAGAGUGAGACUGGAGAGCCUCCUGUGACCCUCCUGUUCUCUGGGUCUCCCCCAGGCCAGUUGUUCCCCCAGGCCCCAUGGGGGAACAACUCCCGGAGGAGAAACAGACUGUGCCUCUGUCCCCAACACACAGACACACAAACGCACUGGGCGACAGGUCUGUUGGCCCAGACAUGGGGUAGGGGGACAGGUCUGUUGGCCCAGACAUGGGGUAGGGGAACAACUCCCGGAGGAGAAACAGACUGUGCCUCUGUCCCCAACACACAGACACACAAACGCACAGGGCGACAGGUCUGUUGGCCCAGACAUGGGGUAGGGGGACAAGAGGUGCUCCAACCUAGGUUCCAGCCAAUCUCUGAGGAUGAGAGGCCAGUGACACCUGGAAUUUCCAUAGACGGAUCCUCAAACAGCUUUAUGUCAGUGUCUGUAAAAUGGGUCAACUCACUCAGAAAGCUUGGCAGUCUGGAGAAAAGUCCAAGGCCUGGUUCUUGUUAAAGAACAACCCUCUACCUGGGAGGGUCUAGGGGCAGGGUUGAAGGCACUGUCCCCUGCCACUCAGUGUAACACGAGUCACAUUAACUUCCAUAGCAAAGGUGGAGGGGACUGUAGGUGCCCGGCACCCUCAGCCCUACCAUGACCCUGUCUGGCCUUCCUCACCACCUCACCCCAUAGUGCCCACAUGCAGAAACUCAUGUCCAGGACAAUGGUGUCCACAGCUGGUGCCACGGCCAUGUGAUUUCCAAACAGCAGAGACAAGACUGGGAGGUCUACCCCUCAAGACAUCUGCAUCCAGGAUAGCCCAGUGCGAAGAGAUGUGGGGUACCAACCUGCCCAAUGUCCUUGGAGGCCUGGCCCACAAGGCUCUGCCUAAGGAUUUGUGGAGGGAAGGGUUCUAUAUUGGUCUCUCCAGCCUCUGCCCUGCCAGCCUCCUGCCAACUCCCUUCCCCACCUCCUCCUCAUUUCUAACCUUUCUGUCUUCAUUUCGUUCCUUCAGAAGUAUUUACCGAGCUCCUACAAGGUACUGGGCACGGUACUAGGUCCUGGGAUUACAGAGGUAACAAGUCAGGUCUCUUAUGUUCAAUUCUAUGGGGAUGGCAAUAAACAGACAGCGGUCCAUGUGUUACAGGGAAAAGAUCAGGGCAUUCUGGGAAGGAAUGACAGAGCCUCACUGGGUUCAUGACACUCAAAACAAGACUUGGAGAUGAGUGGGGUUGUCUAGAUGAAGACUGUGGGGAGACCCUUCCUGGCAGGGAAAGACCCUGUGCAAAGGCCCUGAGGCUGGGACCAGCAGGGUCCAAAGCCAGUGGGUGGAUAUGCUUGAAAUCAGGUGAGCAAAGGAGAGAGGAAAAGGGAAUAAGGUGAGAGCAGUAGGCCACAGGAGGGAUUUGGACUUUCUUACAGGGGCCAGAGUCCCCCUUUCUUACAGGGGCAGAGCAGUGGAAUGAUCAGACACAUCCGCUAUAAAGAUCACUCUGGCUGCAGCUGGAGGCUGUGUGUGUGCUAGUAGCUGCUGGGGCUGAGGACAGUCAGGAAGUUGCUGCCAUAAUUGAGGUGGGGGUGGGGAAGGGAGUGUCUGAGCCUAGGGGCUGGAAAGUAGAGGGAAAGAAGGGGCGGAUCCAAAAUAUGAUUUGGAGGCAGAGUUGUUCCUGGCUGGGUGGAGAGAGGACAAGGACAGUCUGAAGGGUGACCCCAGCUUUCCAGCUUGAGGGACUAGGUGAGGGAGGUGCCAUUCCCUGAGAUGGAGAUUGAGAAGGAGCAUGUUCCAGGGGAGGGUGAUGUUCAAGGGGUUGCUAAAGACAGACCAAGGUGAAAUGCCCAAGGCACAGACAGGGUGUCAGGCCAGCGGUGCCUCUCCACGGCCCAAGGAACAUCUGAAGUGAGGGGCAAGAUCUGGAUGCAAAAUACUGAUGAGAGAAAACUCAGUGCUCAAUCAGUGGAAAGAGACGCAGCUUAAACCCAUUGGAAGGUUCAUUGUUGACAGGUUAAUCUACUGAACUUGAUCUACAAAAUAAAAAAUAUUCUUAAUCAUAAUUACAGCAUGGUUCAUGUAGAAAUUGACUAACAGAUUUGAUAAUUUGAUUUAAAUAUUUUGAAGUGUACUCUGGGAUGGGAGUCAUUAAGACAAUAACAGAGGUCAGAGCAUUAAGAAGGCAGAAAAUAAGAAAUUACAGAUGAAACAAUUGGCCCUGUGAUGAAUGGAUGUCAAAUAGACCAAUACAGAACCUAAGGAAACACACAGAGAACACUUAUAUUUCUUUUUCUGGCCAUAGUGCCCUGCCUAGAACCUCCCAUACAAUGUAGGAAGGGAGUAAGAACAGAAAUCUGUGCCUUGUUCCUGAUCUUACCAGGAAGCAGAAACAGGG